AUGACAAAUAUGAUCAGAAGGCGUAAAGCGCACAGAAAGUCUCGGGAAGGCUGUGUACAAUGCAAGGAGCGGCACGCUAAGUGCAACGAGGUCCAUCCGCAAUGCCUUCAUUGCGAGCGGGCAAAUAUCUUGUGCAGCUUUUCGACCCCUAGCCUGACUACCACGCCACUUAACGAGGAUAGUCUAGCUGAUCUUGAGCUGCUGGAGCACUGGCACCGGCAUUCCAUCACAGGCGACAUGUCGGAAACCUCGAGGCACCUGCAAUACGACCUUGUUCGCUUGGGCUUCUCUCACCAUUACUUACUGAAUAGUAUCCUCGGCCUUACGGCCCUUCAGCUCUACAGUGAAGACCAAUCCCGGCCUAAGUGGUACGCUAGAGCCGUUGCGCACCAGCAGGCCGCAAUCACCCGAGCCAGGUCGCACCUCCAGUUCCUUGACCAGACGCAUCAUCGAGCCCUGCUGGGGUUCUCCGCUUUUACCUCAAUGUAUGCGGUUGCGGAACCUCUCUUACGCCCCUCUCAAGUCCGCUCUCUGCAGGCACAGUUCGACCCUGUCAAGGAGCUUUUGCAGGCCCUCCAGUUUAGCAGGUCCACCAAGGUGUUCUGCCAAUCACCAAGGAACUCCGCAGGAUCUCGAAACAAGAUUUCCGCAGUUUGCGUCUCUUCGCGGAUGCAUAGAGCGUCGAUGUGA